GUUAAUAUUUAUAUUUGAAAUUGGUACAUAAGGAGAAUGUAUAUUACCGACACGAAAUAUAGUAUAAUAUCCAUAUUAGCUAGCGAUUUAUAACCAACACCCGGACAUGUUUCAUACACACCAUAUUAUAACAUUGUGAAUAUUCGAUACAUAAAAUUGGAUAAUUAUCGAACACAUCUAAGAUAUUGUUUACAAUGAAUGUACUUUUGUUGUGGCUUUGUUUUCUGAUCGACACACACGCACUAUUUACUCCGGACAGUGAAUGUGGGAAAACAAAGGGCUGUUAUAGUGACUGUGGUGAUGAUGGCACUACGUUUCUUAUAUCAUGGACUAGUGACAGUACAGCAGUUAAUUUUACAAUUCAAGUAGAACUUACAUCUAAUGCUGAUCAGUAUGGUGCGAUUGGACUAUCAAAUUCUCAAUCAAUGGAUGAUACUAGUGUAACAUCAUGUCUAAUGACCAACAGUGCGAACACAAUUACAGCUCAGAACUCUUACAAUACAGGUCGCAGCAAUUCCCCUGUCACACCUAACCCAACUGACGGACUUUCUGGAGCAACAGGAAGCUAUAUAGGGAACGUAUUUACAUGUUCUUUUGCAAGAACACUAACAAACACUAACCCACAAGUGUUUGACCUCAACAGUGAUUAUUACAUACUGUAUGCAAGAGGAAGCGUAUCUGGUGGUAAUACGAUACAACAACAUGCAGCUUCUGGGAGGUCAUUUUCUUCAGUUAAAGUGGACUUACAAUCGUUAACCAACGUAUGUGCUGGAGUUGAUAUGAGAGUGAAAGCUCAUGGUUGUAUUGCCAUAAUAGCUUGGAUGAUACUAGCGAAUCUCGGUUAUUUCAUUGCCAGAUAUUAUAAACCGUUGUGGUCAAGCAAGAAAGUCUUUGGAAGUGAUAUAUGGUUUCUGAUCCACAGAGUACUGAUGGUUUCAGCAGCUGUUUUAACUAUAAUAUCGUUUGGUAUCAUAAUUCAAGGAAAGUUCACGGUAGGCAGCAACAACUUUGAGCGAUCUCAUCCAUACAUAGGGAUUAUAGUGUUUUGUUUUGUCAUUAUAAAUCCAGUACUUGGAAUUUUAAGACCUGAUAAACAAAGUAAAUACAGACCUGUGUUUUAUUGGGUUCAUUAUUGCAUUGGAGCAGGUGUUCUGAUAUUAGGCUUAAUAAACAUAUUUAUUGGGAUACGACUAGAAGAAACUGAUACUUCAAACCAAGCAUAUUAUGUAUUUCUUGGGUACGAAUCCUUCCAGAUUGCCAUGAUAGUAGUUCUUGAAGUACUUAAAUAUUUAGAAGGAAAGCAAGCAAAGCCCGUUGAAUCGGACAGGGAAAUGACGGCAGUUAGUAGCGAUGGUGUUGCAGAUAAAGAAGAAGCUAAAAAGGACAAAGUAGAGCAACCUUAUGCAUGGACGGUCAAGCUGAUCCUCCUUUGUGUACAUGUCAUUAUUACUGUGAUCUUACCAUUAGCUGUUGUCGGGAUUGUAGCAACAUCAACUUCAACCCAUCAACAUGAUCAACAUUAAUUCUUUUGUAUCGAAGGGCAUUCAAAUCAGGAACAAAACACAAGCAUUUGUUUAAGUAUUCAUCUUGCAUUUAAUAUUAUAACUAUCUAUGAAUCUUAACCAAAAAAGGCAAUGUGUAAUUGAAGGAUUUGACGAAAAUCUAUUUCAUUAUUCAUACAGUUGAAAUUCAGAAUAAGUUCAAAUACUUUUAGUGAAUGUGUGAACUUUAACAUCCCGAAUAAGUAAAAGAACUUUGGAACAAAAGAAGAUCAAUACUCUAUAAAAACCUUGUUUAAUUUUUAUAAGAAAUAUUUGUCUUGCCAUUAAGUAAAGGCAGUAAGGUUUGAAUCUGUCUGUGAUAUUACUUUAUGUACGUUAAUAAAGAAAAAUUAAUAUAUUUAUAUAUAAACAAAAUUAUUUUAAAAUUAAGAA